UUAAGUAACUCGCUAGACGCUCGCAGUCACUGACUCACUGAACUGUUUGAUACGGACCGACUAGUUAGUUGAAUCCUGAUUGCCGUGUUCGCGGUUGCUUUUGCGCUAAAAAUAUCUCCCGCGAUUCAGAUAACUUUAAAAUAUUCAACUACCACUUUUUUCAAUGAGAAUAACUUAAACCUUAUUGUGUUGUUAGUAUUACGAUUACCUCGACUCAAAACAGCAUGUUCGAAAAAUAAAACAGCAACUUUAACGUGAAAAACGCUUUGUUUAUAAAAUUUCGCGGUAAUUCUAGUGUUUGUGAAUGGUGUACCUAUCUCAGAUGUUGUGGGUAUAAAAGGAUGUUGUCAUUAUCGAUGUGUUUAAGCAACAAUUCUGAAGUUUAAUGGAAUUCUGUGAACGGUGUAGCUAGUCGGUGUGAUGGUGCGGACCCUCACAGUUCUGCUGCUGGUGGUAGCUCUGUGCCGCGCUGCCACCCAUGACUCAGAGCUUGGCGUCGGGAAGGCCAUCAACAUAUUUAUGAGAUAUGGCUACCUCAGCAUAUGCAUGCGAGUUGUUCCCCGGAACGACACAGAGAACUGGGUUUUCCGGGAGCCGACAGUCAGCGUUUUCCGGGACGUGGAGCAAUACAGCGUCGCGCCCAAACCUCGCCAGCCGAAGACACUGUUCGACGGAGACUUCCACAUGGAGUUCUGCGAUAACCUGAAGCAACUGCUGCAAGCGUAUUUCAGGGAUUUCACUUUUGAAAGGCUGGAGCGUCCAUGGCGGGCGUUCACGGCUGGCUGGCCCACAGACAUAAUGGCCAGAAACUUGGGGAUCAACUCCUCGUUCAUCAAUGGCGACCACUGCUACGUGCUCGUCAGAGUUUCCAGGUUCCGCGAAACGGGAAAACUAAAGGACUUGCCACAGAACAUAGGAGUUGAGGAUGUGGUGUUUGACGCCAUCCAAGAUUCAAUCAUUGGGGAUACGGCAUCCAUUGCCGAUUUCAUACGCAAAUACGGAUCGCACUACAUUGCAUCCUAUAUUACUGGUAACUCUCUGUACCAGGUGUUUGUCUUCUCCCGGGGCGUGUACUCCAGGGUCAAAGACCGCGUCAAGUCUAACGGGGUCGGUGACCUAUCUGUCACUGAGCUAAACAAUUUCUUCUCGCCGUUCUUCGCUGAACACGUCGGAGUAGUCAAGGUGUUUGUAUUCUCUAGAACCGCCUACUCUAUGAUCAAAGAGAGAUUAAAGAGUAAGGGUGUGGCAGAUAUAACCGCAAAGGAAUUAGAGGGAUACUUUUCACCGUGGCAUGCCAAACAUAUCGGACAGAUUAAGGUCGCCAGCGGUAACAAAACAGUAGAGAGCUGGGCGACGAAACGUCUAAGGAUGCAUUACUAUAUCUUCUCAUACCCGAGUCUCCUGAAACUCCACGGGGAACCGGCGUUACUACGCAACCUAGACACGUUAUUAGGAAAUGAAGCUCUAUUGCAAUUGGAAUUAAAGACAUUAUCGCCCGCAUUCAAAGACGCGAACAAAAGGAAGUGGUUCGAAGAGGUCAUAGACAAUUAUUUAAAACUUUGGGAGAGUAAUAUGUGAUGAAUUUGUUUUAAUUGAUGAAAUGUACAUAGGAAAUGUGGAACAAUCAUUGUGUGCCUUAUCAUUAAGUAAUAAAAUAUAUUAUAUAAGUAAGUUUUCCUAAAAAAAGAUUAUCUAUUCCGCCAUUUUGUUUUAACAUCCACCAUGAUAGUUUUAAAGAGAUAAAUAACUAUGGCGCGUAGAUGUAAAAAGCGCCAUCUUGUUUAAAAGACAAAUUGAAAAAGUGGCUGGUUUUAAACAGAGUUAAGUGUGGUAUUUUACGGUGUUGUUUUUUUUAAUCUUUCCACUUGCUACUGUGGCUCCCCCCUUAAUUGGCUCGUUUCCAGUGGACACUUUUUACACUGAGAUGGUGCUCCAUACCUCUACCCUCUAUAUAAAUAAUACACAGGGUUGAAAGCUUUUUGGAUACGAACCAGUGAUGGACUUAGGACUUUGAUGUCGUCAUAGGCUCUUUUUAUCGCGCUGUUCUUAAUGCUAGAAUAAAUUUUGUCAACUUUGGUCCAAUAUUUUUAUUUUAAGUUUAAAAUAACUUUACAUUUUAUUUUUUUAUAAAAAUUUAUCUGUACUCAUUUUCAAAAGAGAUUGUCUUUACCUUUUUGCCAUUUCGGAAAUUUUGGCAUUUGAAAAAUUUUGUCGCCCCUCAAAUCGUAAAUCCAUCACUGAUCCGAACACAAAUUUCGAACCCACAAUAACACAAAAAAUCAAGUUUUUGCGUAUAAAAAUAUACACAUUAACAAAGCACGCAAUGUAUUACAAAUAUUGAUUACAUGACGGUGAGCGCCUUCAAAGGAAUGCGCGAAUACAUUGCGGUUUUACAACAUCAUGAACUCAAACGUAAAUAAAGUAAUUAUUUGGGUCCGUUUACACUAAAGAUCUUAAUCGUCUCGGUUAAGGACCUGUUAUAGAUACAUGUACGCGAUCACAUUCUUAUCAUUUAGUGCUAUGAAGAAUAAACAUGGAGGAAUAUUAUGUAUCGUAUACGUGCUUUAAAAGGAUAAUGGUAAUCCUAUAGUAUCUCAAUGGAACCGCUUGCUAAUGGAAAUAUACAAUCUGGCAAAUAGAAUUAUUGAUAUGUCACAACAUAUUCUAAGGUUCGCGAAGUCGGGUAAUCAUUUCCCCGGCCCCUAAAGAUUAUUGAGUUUAGUUAAUAAAAUCACAAUUAAUAAGUAGAUGUUUUGUAAAAACAACUGAAAAUACAACUAAGCAAUUAAUUUAAUUAUCAUAACCUAAAAAUUUAGACAUAUGUGGUACAGAGGCGCCAUCUUAAUAUAAGGAUUCCGGCAUAGUCGGUAGCCUUCAUUAUACUCCUACCCUCCAUAUUUAAAUAAAUUCGUUGUAUAAAAUAAAAAUAAAUGCAUCUUGAAAACAGUAAAUCUUUCAAGAGACAAAAUAAAAAAACCCGUGAUCAAUGUUCUAGCGGAACGUAAUCACCCAAAUUUCAUAAUUGGCAUGUAUAUUGACUGGCUAAAAAGUCAAAUAAAAUGAUUCAUGUCAAUUAUAAAACACGUCCUUCAACUAUAAAUAAAUUCAACAGAGUCUGAAGAUCGAAUGUCUGUAAUAUAAUUUCAUGAGUAGUAAAAACCGUAACUCUGUUUCCUUAAAGCCCAUAUUCCAUUGUAUACAACAUCGGACUUUUCGAUACUAAGAGCGAAAUUAGAAGUUUUAAUUUAUCCAUUUCGUUCACACGAGGGAAACUUAACGCACUUAAAUUUUGAUCACGGAAAUUUCUUUUGGAGAAUUGUUAAAUAAAAAAAAAUCUCCAGAAAAUGUGUGUUUUGUUACAAUGUUAUCUCAAAUUUUUUGUUAUUGUUGUACUCUCGUGCGUCUAAAUAUUCACGACUUAAAACGGUAUUAAAAUUAAUAAAUGAUGGCUAAAUUAUGACCAUAUAGCAAAAUUCUUUAUAAGUAAUCAAAACUUGUCACAAAUUAAAUAUAACAAUGUUGCAUAUUCCUUUAAAAACAUCACAAUAUCGUUAACUGAGUAUUCAACUCGACCAACAGAAUGUCCUGUAUUUUCAAAUAGUACAAAGUAUUUUAAAAUCAUUAUGUAAUGUAUGACUGUUCAAUUUUAUUAAUGAAUUGUGAAAUUAAGUAUUUCAGGGUACGUGCGCUCAAUAAGUGCCUUAUUUGUUAGUCUAUAAUUUAUUAAGCGGUGUUUUAAAUUAUAAAAUGGCUUGCUGAAAGUAAAUUCCUGUCCUACUAAGGCAGGACUAAUACUAAAGCCUGGCACAUUUUUGGUCACGAAGGCAGUGGGCAAGUGUGUAUACCAGCGGUUGGGGAACCGGGGUAACCCCAAAAGGGGUAAAAUGAAAUUUUGGGGGGUAAAAAUGAAACUUUUGUCAGUAAAAAAAAAAAAAUAGAAGUAAAAUUUCUUUAGAAUCGUUAAAUUUUUAGUUAUUGUUUUUUUUUUUCAAAAUUAUCAUUGGGUCUAUAAUAUGAAAGAUACUAAAAAGAAGCGAUUUCGUUUUUUUUUGUUCUUCGCCAUGGGGUAAUUUCAACUUACACAAAAAUAUUUAGGUAAUAAUUAAAAAAGUUCCCCGACCGCUGGUGUAUACCAAAACAGUAAGAAAGUUGUUCCUGUUUGAAAGUUAUUAGAUCAACUUCAACUAUAUAGUUCUAACGACUUCAACGUAAUUUGUAAAUAAUGGGAAACCAUCGUAAUGUUAAAUUGUUCUGUGACUCUUCUUACGUUACGUUAAAUGCCUAAACGAAUAAAAGUCCUCAAACAAAGGGGUCAUUUUAAGAAUGUUUUAACUUUAACUUGAAAAUAACGCCAUCUAUUGAGUUUAUAUUGAAACAAUACAAUGUUAAUUUGAUCAUCAUUAAAUUACAAUUUAUUAGUGAAAUAUUUUCAAUUUUCUUUUUUUAUAUUAUCAUGUCGGAAAAUUUGAUUGAAUUUAAAAUGCAUUUAAUAUGAUUAAUAAACAAUGUAAUACAAAAUGUGUAAAAUUGAUCUAAAUAAAAAUAGUAAUUUAAUAAAUGAAUGUGAAGACAAAA